UCCAGCGCGUAGUUUCCAUUAGUCACUCAGUCACCACAACUGUAACGAGACUUCAGAAAGUCCGUCUGUGAUUUUGAUAGCUCUCAAAGUCUGUGGCAAUUCGCAAAUAAAUGGAUUUAUCAUAAAGAGCAGACUAUUGACAAUCCAGAAUAAACAUAGGCGCGCGACCGUUCAAGGGGAAUAAAGGAGCAGGCUAUCAGAAAACCAUGCGCGCUCCUCUAUUACUGUUCAUCUCUGUCCUGGCAAUGACCAGCGCACAGGAGCCUGACCAUGCUCACGGCUGUACCCAUGGAAGCUGUUAUCCAGCAACCGGUGACCUGUUAGUGGGCCGGGAGAAGAACCUGAAGGCAUCAUCCACCUGUGGCCUACAUAGGAGAGAACCCUACUGUAUUGUUAGCCACCUGCAGGAAGAGAAGAAUUGUUUCCAUUGUGAUUCCCGACGGCCUUACAAUCCUUCAUCUAACACCAUGAGUCACCGUAUUGAGAAUGUCAUCACCACCUUCAAACCACACCGCAAGACGUCCUGGUGGCAGUCUGAGAAUGGAAAGCCUGAUGUUUACCUUCAGUUGGACCUGGAGGCAGAAUUUCACUUUACUCAUCUCAUCAUGACUUUCAAGACAUUUCGUCCAGAAGCUAUGUUGAUCGAGCGAUCGGCAGAUUUUGGACGCACCUGGCAGGUGUACCGUUACUUUGCUCAUGACUGCGAUGCCGUCUUCCCGGGAAUUUCCCACGGUCCUCUACGCAAUAUUGACGAUAUCAUCUGCGAGUCGCGAUAUUCCGACAUUGAGCCGUCGGCGGAAGGAGAGGUUAUUUAUCGUGUCCUAGAACCUGCUAUCCGAAUCGAUGACCCGUACAGUCCCCGCAUUCAAAAUCAACUGAAGAUCACAAACCUCCGUGUGAACUUCACCAAACUGCACACACUGGGUGAUAAUUUAUUGGAUUCACGCCCUGAGAUCAAACAGAAGUACUACUAUGCCAUGUAUGAGCUGGUUGUCAGGGGCAACUGCUUCUGCUAUGGCCACGCCUCCGAGUGUGCACCAAUUGACGGGAUUAGGGAUGACAUAGAGGGCAUGGUUCACGGGAGAUGUGUUUGCAAUCACAACACAAAAGGACUGAACUGUGAGCAAUGUGAUGAUUAUUUUAAUGACCAGCCCUGGAGACCAGCUGAGGGUCGCAACACUAAUGCCUGCAAGAAAUGCAACUGUAAUGGCCACUCUAACCAGUGUCAUUUUGACAUGGCGGUAUAUUUGGCGACGGGGAACAUCAGCGGAGGCGUGUGUGACAACUGUCUUCACAACACUAUGGGUCGCAAUUGUGAGACAUGUAAACCUUUCUACUAUCAGGAUCCAGCUAGAGAUAUCAGAGAUCCUGGUGUAUGUGUGGCCUGUGACUGUGACCCAGAUGGCUCUCUGAAUGGUGGUAUUUGUGACGGACAUGAUGACCCAUCUCUGGGCAUGAUCGCUGGUCAGUGCCGCUGUAAAGACCACGUUGAAGGCCCACGCUGUGAUAAAUGCAAAUCUGGUUACUAUGGGCUCAGUGCCAGUGACCGCCGUGGAUGCCAACCCUGUAAAUGUGACCCCAGAGGUACGGUGUCCGGUGGUCCGGCAUGCGACCCUGUGAGUGGAGACUGCUUCUGUAAACGCUUGGUUACUGGACACAGCUGCAACCAGUGUCUGCCUGAACACUGGGCCCUGAGUCACGACGCCAGUGGCUGCAGAGGGUGUGACUGUGAUGUGGGCGGAGCCACAGACAACCAGUGCUCAAUGGAAACAGGGCAGUGCCACUGUCGAAAUCACAUGGUUGGUCGUCAGUGUAACCAAGUGGAGUCUGGGUAUUUCUUCAUGGCCCUGGACCACUACAUCUAUGAGGCUGAAACUUGCAAAUUGGGUCAAGGAUCCACUUUUGAGGAAAGAGAGUACCAACCUGGCCGGCCUUCCUCAUGGACAGGCACUGGAUUUGCACGAGUCCCUGAAGGUGGUACACUGGAGUUUGCUAUUAACAACAUCCCGUACUCUAUGGAAUAUGAUGUCCUCAUUCGCUAUGAGCUUCAGAUGCCACGGGAUUGGGAUGAGGUUCGCGUACUGGUGAUUAGACCUGGCCCUAUACCCACUAGCAGUCCAUGUGGAAACACAAUUCCUGCAGAUGACCUGCUAACCCUAUCGCUCCCUUCAGGUGCCAGGUUUGUGGUUCUGCCUCACCCGGUGUGUUUAGAGAAAGGAGUGAGUUACAAACUGCGUGUGGAGUUCAUCCGUUACGCCGACAGGAACAGCAUACUGAGCUCCACUAAUGCCUUUGUGCUGGUUGACUCUAUCGCCCUUCUGCCUCGCUACUCUUCUCUCGAGAUGUUUGCCGCGGGUGACCCCGCCUCCGUCACGCGCAAACAGAGCUACGAACGGUACCGCUGCCACGAGACCGCCAAGAGUGUGUCCCGCCCUCAGAUGAGCGAAGUUUGCGUCAAACUCAUCUCCAGCAUGUCUGCACUCAUUAACAACGGUGCACUGCCAUGUGAGUGUGAUCCUCAAGGUUCGCUCAGCUCUCUGUGUGAUGUACGUGGUGGUCAGUGCCGCUGUAGGCCCAACAUAUCAGGUCGUCGCUGUGAUAAAUGUGCGCCGGGGACUUGGGGCUUUGGACCUUCUGGAUGCAAACUUUGUGAAUGUAGUUUGGAGGGCUCUCAGAGUCGAUUCUGUGAUCAGCACACAGGGCAGUGUCCUUGUCGUCCUGGUGCCUUUGGUCAGCGCUGUGAUGGUUGCCCGGCUGGGCACUGGGGCUUCCCAAACUGCAGGCCGUGCCAGUGUAGCGGUCAUGCAGAUGAGUGCCAUCAGAGAACCGGAGCCUGUCUUAACUGCAAAAGCAACACGGCAGGAGAUAAGUGUGAACGGUGCGCUAAUGGUUACUAUGGAAACCCAGCCCUUGGUUUAGGGAAUCAGUGUCGGCCCUGCCCCUGUCCUGAGGGUCCAAACAGCGGACGUCACUUUGCCACCACCUGUUACCAAGACAACCGCAGCCAGCAGGUGGUCUGCAACUGCAAUCAGGGUUACACAGGUUCCCGCUGUGAAGAAUGUGGUCCUGGUUAUUUUGGCAACCCCUCCAAACCUGGCGGGCAGUGUCAACCAUGUCGUUGCAGUAACAACAUUGACCUGUCAGACCCUAAUGCAUGUGACAAGAGCACUGGCCGGUGCCUCAAAUGCCUGUACAACACCGAUGGACCCGAAUGCGGCAUGUGCAAGAGCGGAUACUAUGGCGAUGCUUCCCGUCGCAACUGUCGGAAAUGCACCUGCAACUUCUUGGGAACGGAACGUAGUCAGUGUCAAUCCCGAGAUGAAUGCGUGUGCCAGCGUGCCACUGGGCAAUGUCAGUGCCUGGCUAAUGUUAUUGGACAAACCUGUGACCACUGCGGCACAAACUAUUGGAACCUAGCCAGUGGGCGGGGCUGUGAGCCGUGCAGCUGUGACCCUAACAAUGCCUACUCGUCUGCCUGCAAUGAGUUCACAGGCCAGUGCCAGUGCAGGCCAGGCUUUGGAGGAAAGACCUGUACAGACUGCCAAGAAAACCACUGGGGAAACCCAAAAGUCUUGUGCAGAGCAUGUGACUGUGAUUCGCGUGGCAUCGAGACAUCUCAGUGCGACCGUAUGAGCGGUCAUUGCUCGUGCCGGCAGGGCGUGUCCGGCGUCCGCUGCGAUCAAUGUGCCCGUGGAUUUUCUGGCACGUUCCCGGAUUGCAAGCCUUGCCAUCAGUGCUUCGGUGACUGGGACCGUAUCGUUCAGGAUCUGGCAUCUAGAACCAAAGCUCUCACGGACCGAGCGAAGGAACUACAGACUACCGGCUUGACUCGAGCCUUCGAGAGAAAAUUCAAGGACUUGGAGGACAAGCUGGCACAGGCGAGAGAAAUCGUAAAUGCCCGCAAUGCUACCGCUGAGGCCGUGACCAUUCUAAUGGGCAUGAUAGAGGAUCUGAGAGGUCAGAUUGGUGACACCACAGACAUCCUGAACCAGCUGGAGGGAGACCUGACAGCUGUGCAGGACAGUAACUAUGAAGCCAGUAAUGCAUUAAGCACCUUGGACAGAGAGGCGAAAGAGCUCAAGCUGAACUCAGAUCAGCUUAACCGUCAACUUGACAUCCUCAAGAACUCAAACUUCUUAGGUGCAUACGACAGCAUCCGGGCCUCCUACAACACAUCGCGUAAUGCCGAAAACCGUGCCAACAAAUCCACCACUGACAUUCCAAGCACAGUGAGCCAAUCAGCAGACACUCGUAGGAAAACAGAGCGACUGAUGGCCGCAAAGAAAGACGACUUCAACCGGAAAAACACUGCGAACAGACGCACACUCACAGAAUUAAAUGCAAAAGCUCAACUUCUGGACAUCAAGAAGAUAAAUGAAAAGGUAUGUGGAGCACCAGGUGAUGCUCCUUGUGGUGACAGCCCUUGCGGUGGUGCUGGUUGCCGUGACGAUGAGGGCAAGCGCCACUGUGGAGGCCUGAAUUGUAAGGGAGCCGCAGCAGUAGCCAGCAAUGCCCUGGACAGAUCCAAGCAUGCGGAGAACGAACUGAACAAAGCUAUGGAAAUGGUGGAAGAUCUCUUUAAGCAGGUGGCAGAUGCUAAGACCAAAGCUCAGGAAGCUAAGGAAAGAGCUCAGGCAGCUUUGGAAAAAGCUAGCGAUGCCAAAAACAAGGUGCAUCAUUCUAACAAUGACCUGAGGGACCUCAUCAAACAGAUUCGGGAAUUUCUCAUGAUGGAGGGGGCGGAUCCAGACAGCAUCGAGGCGGUAGCCAAUCGGGUUCUGGAGCUGUCUAUUCCUGCCUCACCCAUGCAGAUCCGACACCUUGCGGAUGAGAUUAAAGACCGGGUCAAGAGCCUGUCCAAUGUGGAUGCUAUUCUGGAGCAGACACAGAAUGACGUCCGCAAAGCGGAACAGCUGCUGAUGAAUGCCAGGAAAGCCAGAAAUAAGGCAGAGGGGGUGAAGAAUACAGCGGAGACUGUAAAACAAGCUCUGAAUGAUGCUGGCAAGGCACAGGCAGCUGCAGAAAAGGCCAUACAAAAAGCGCGGAAUGACAUCGGCUCGACUCAGAACCGGCUUGCGCAGAUCCAAUCAGAGACCACAGAACGGGAGCGAGAUCUUGACGAUGCUAUGGACAGGUUAGGAGAUCUUGGGCGCCAGAUUGAGGCUUUAAAGGCCAAACGUGCCCACAACAGCCUGGAAGCAGCGCGGGCAGAGGAGACCGCCACUAUGGCACGUGAAAAAGCCAAUGAAGCAAAAGAGAUCCUGGAUGGAGAGCUGUCCGAUAAAUACCAUACUGUUCAGGGUCUGAUGGACAGUAAGGCAAAGACAAUGCAGGACGCCAAGCGGAAAGCUGAGCGUCUGAGAGAUGAAGCAAAGGAGUUGCUAAAGGACGCUCAGGAUAAACUUCAGAGGUUGGCAGAGCUUGAAAAGGACUAUGAGGAAAACCAAAGGGUGUUGGAGGACAAAGCCAGGAACCUGGAUGGUCUUGAAGACAAAAUGAAGGCUAUCCUGAGUGCCAUUAAUAGGCGGAUUCAGAUCUACAACACUUGUCAAUAGUCCGUCCCAAGAGCCAAGUGGAUGCUCUGCUUUAAAAAUAUCUGCCAUUUUCAUCCUUUAUAUGCUGCUACAGUUUUGCCAACAAACUUACAAAAAGAUGCCAAAUUGCAAUUCCAUACAAUGUCUGGAAAUGAAGGGC